AACCGCCAUGAAGAGCCUGGGGGACCGCCCCAGUCUGGCGCGUCGUUGCCACUUUCGUUUUGUUUGGGUUUGUCUGGACUACGAAACUUUGUAUUAUAGUGAAAUAGGAGACAGGUUAAAACCAUCAUCAAGUUAUAAUGUAGAAUAUUCCGCUUUUUUGUCGCCUUUAUUAUCAUAAUCGAGUGCCAACAUUUUGGACCACUAAAGUUACGACCAGUUCCUCCCCUGCUCAAAUGAGAGAGAAGGGAAGUAAAGACGAAACUUAAAGGCAGACACAGAUCAAGCCGUUCAACAAAGUAGGUAGGAGAAGUUAGGGCUAGCUCUACUUCAACAAUGUAUAAAGUAGCGUAAUAUCAGACAACUUAGCCCGAAAUUGUGCCAAUGUUUCAGCCUCUACCUCUCCAUUCCCUUUCGAUGUGUCGGUCCCCAAAUAACCAAUAGGUCGUUUCAGAGAGAUUGGGAGGUGGUUGGAGAGAGAGAGACUGGGUUGAUGGACCCGUCGCACAGCGGUUCCGUGAGGGAGGGUGAGCUAAUGGUGAAGGAUGAGUUCGCCUGCGCCGGUACGUUGCGGGAUUCUCUAACGUCCCAGCGACAUUCAGUGGAGAAGAUAUUCCGGGUUUCAUUUGGGAUCGGGACCGAAGAUGUGCCUCACAACGAUGGGCAGAUGUGGCUCAACUUGCGGGGUGCGAGCCACAAUGUGGCCGCUGCUAAGCUGUUUGUCCGAGGCCUGGUCAACGAGGAACAACAACAGGAAGUGCCGUACCCGGGGUUCCUGCACUGUGUGUUCUGCGGAGCCCAGGGGUUGUUCAUGGACUGCCUGAUCAAAAACACAUCCGCAUAUAUUGUGGUCGGCUCCCAUGGUUGCCUGCUUAUCUCUGGCCUCACAGAGCCAGUAGUACAGGCCUACUCCCUUAUCACAGACCUGUUGGAAAGGUUCCAUAUCACCCAGGACCAAUGCCCCGAAACAGGCAGCCGGGCCCUGGGAAAGUCCCUGGAUUCAAGCCGGGCCUUCAAUUGUCUGGUGAGGAAAUGGGAGGACAAGCAUACCCCGGAACUUCUAGCGCUCCCCGAGGCGGCCAAGCAGGGCCUGCUGGCCCUGGUGAAAGAGUCUGGUCUUUAUUCCAGCCCCGGUUCUUUGGAUCGUUCCUCAGAGUGUCUAGACCAACCAACGGGCCACGGUUCACCUAGCCCCGUGUCCGGGGGCCCCGCGAGACUGGGCUGGGAGUCGGGGAACAUCGCGAGCGCCCUCGCCUCCAAUGCCUGCGCUCGUCUCGGGCCGGAAGGCACCCGGGAUCCCGAUGGCCAGGAGGCGGAGCGUCGCCGAGCCGCGCCGCAUUUGGUGGCAGAGCACCCGUCGCCGGCUACAGAGCGACCUGGGUGGGGUCUCACAGGUCCCCCGGCGGAAGACCUCCCACCCUGGGACGCGUCGGGCCCACCCGGGCACACGGCUGCCGGAAACGGGGGAAGAGGAGGAGGAGGAGGCGGCGGAGGAGAUGGAGCCGAGCAGCGCCCGGAGGAGGAGGAAGCGGUCAGGGCGGAGGCGCUCGAGGGGAAGGUGGAGGAGGAACCGGAGGAGGGGGAUAUGGAGGACGGCGAGGCGGUGCUCUCCCUGGGCAGCCAGAAGGAGUUCCGGCUGCUGCUGAAGUUCUUCACAGCCAUGGGCUACACGGAGCAGGUGGUGAGGCAGGUCCUAGCCCGCACGGGUCCCAGGGAGGCCUCCCAGAUCCUGGACCUGGUGCAGCAGGAGCAGGACUGCAGCGACAGGAGCCCGGAGCCCGGAGCCCGAAGCGGCCAAGUCAAGUUGAGUCCGAAGAGCGACCUGCCCAUAAUCGACUUCCUCAAUAGAAGGCGCCAGGCCCAGAGAAACUACCCCACGGAGACUGAGGUCGGUGAAGCGGGGACGGGUGAAAAAGGGAGGGGAAUGCGACGCGAACCUUCCAGAGACGAGGGCCGGGGGGACCCGGAGGAGGACUUUGUCCUGGCGGUGGUGAAGAGGGCGGCCGCCAGCUGUGGCUACAAGGAGGAGAAGGUAGCGGAGGUCUACGGCAGCCUCCCCGACCUCUCCACCCACCAGCUGAUCCUCCGGCUGCAGCGGGAGGCGGGGACGCUGGGUGUGCCCAAGGAGGAGGGGGAAGAGGGGCUGCUGGAGUGGGAGGCGAGGAGGACGGGCCCCGGAGAGGAGGGAAGAGGCAGGCUAGGAGGUCACCUGACGCCGGCCCAAAUCGCCCCGAAAGAAAGGAAACCGAGCGUCGCGCUCCGACCUCAGGAACCUCUACCCAAGCCUUCCGUUUCCACGGCGACGCCGCCGCCGCCAGAAGUCAGGGGCCCCCCGCUGCUUACCUACCCCGCCACCGGCCUGGGUCCGGGACCUACCCCCCGCCAUCUCCCCCACGCGGGUCAGAAGGCAAAAAAAACUGAAACUUCACCCCUGCUACCUUAUUCCCACCAACCCCAGCCCCAUGUCCCCUUCAUCUACCCCCAAGCCCCAGGCCACCUCCCCCCUACUGGCCAAAACAACAAAACCUCCAAUCCUUCGGCCGAGUUCCCCUACCCCUUCCCCCCGCCCGAUCCAGCUCACCAACACCAACCCCCCCUCCAUCUCCCCGGCCCGGCACUGAAGGAUCCGCCGCAGGGCUUCCUGGCGGCGCCUUGGUCGACAGGCGCCUUGGUCACCGGGGAGCAGCGCUUCCUGGAGGGUCUCCGGCAGACCUUUGACCUCCAGCUGCCUGCCCAACCCGGAGACCCCGGGCUGAGGAUGAUCAUCAUAGACGGGAGCAACGUGGCCAUGAGUCAUGGUCUGGGCCACUUCUUUUCGUGCCGUGGCAUUGCUCUGGCCGUCCAGCACUUCUGGACCCGAGGCCACCGACGGAUCAGCACCUUCCUGCCCCAGUGGAGGCAGAAACGAGACCCCAAGAUCAAAGAGCAACACUACCUGACGGAGCUUCAGGAGCUGGGGCUGCUCUCCUACACGCCCUCCCGGGAGGUGCUGGGGAAGAGGAUCAACUCGUACGACGACAGGUUCAUGCUGCAACUGGCCCAGACGACCGACGGCGUCAUCGUUACCAACGAUAACCUGCGUGACCUCCUGGACGAGUCCCAGGCGUGGAUGGACAUCAUCAAAAAGAGGCUCCUUCAGUACACCUUUGUUGGAGAUCUCUUCAUGGUGCCAGACGACCCUCUUGGCCGAGGAGGGCCACACCUGGACCAUUUCUUACGCUCUGAGCAUUGGACUCCUUACCCGGGCAGCCACUCCUUCGCUGGCGUCGCCUCCCCUUUCCCCGCCUCCAAACUCCCACGAGCCAAGACGGAAGUCCUGCAGUACCACGACCUGACACCGGGGGGAGCGGCUCCAGAGCCAGAACCGAGGGGGAUACGGGCGGCCGGCGGGAAGAAGAAGAGCGGGCCGGGCAGAGCUGCCAGCCCAGGAAAAGUCACCCGCAGUGGGGGUUGGAAGGCUGGUCCAGAGAGGGGCGUGGAUGAGACGGCCAGACUCAGGGACAGCCUGUGCCAGGUGUUCCCUGGUCAGGACAGCACGGUGGGCCUGGUUCUCCAGCGACACCCCACCGAGACGGACAUCAACUUCCUCUCACACUUAGUCUUAGAGCUGCAGAAAGGCUGAACGAUGUCAGUAUGUUUUAAAAUGCUUGCGGGGGAAGCCCCCGGUUGCCUGAGUGCUAGACGCACAAGGACUUGGACCAAUGAUUGUGAAGUACUGUGUGUGUUACAUUUCGACAUGCACUGCACUGAAUUAUGAAUAUUGUGUUGAUGGCAUUGAGCGCUGACAAUGUUUACAAAUAACCCCAGUGGUUAAACUAGCUUAACAAACAAUAAGGUAGCUUAUGACCAAAUUAUCAAAAUACACAGCAACAAACAGCUAGCCUGAGGCUUAACAACCAAAUAUUUAAUCUUUUGCUUCUAGCAAACUAGGGUAACACAACAAACAGCCUGCCGUUAAACUAGCAAAACACCCCAAAAAUAACUUGCCUGUGGCUAAACAAGGUAAACUCACUGUAUAUUUUCCUUUGCAUAUUGCAAGACGAUUUUAUGGAUUUUAUAUGAACUUACGUAAAGCCUCAAUAUCAGUGAGCGCAGGAAUAGUGAUUUUAAUUUUUUUCUAAAACGCUUAAUUUUUCUAAAAUGUGGAGACGUGUUCGAUAAUACUACUUUAUUUGAAAUUCAAGUGCCUUAUUUCAAUUCCUAACAUAAAAAAAGUGUAAAGGGUCCGUUAAACCAGAGCCCGUCUUCCUAUUAGACAUUCUCUGCAGCAGUGAGAACUUCCUGUAUUCCAGCGUGAGAUACGACCACAUGUAUGUUGGCCUCGUCUCUCUGGAAGCAUGAAGAAAUUCUCUGCAUUUGAUGAAAACAUAGACUUUUAUCCUUCAGAGUGGAUCAUUUUAUUUUUCUAAGAAUAAAUACAGCGAUAUAUAUAUAUUUUUAUUUUCUCUAAAGAGCAAUAAAUAAAUGAAAUAAAACAUAA